AUGUGCGCUUUCUACUGGCUCUUAGUUGAGGUUCUGAGAGCUGCAUACACGACCGACAUGAGUCAAUUGGAGCUUGAUUUGCUACGCGCAGAGCGUCUCGCUCACCGCUCACACUGGACUUUCGGACGCACACCAGAUACAUGCGUCUUCUGUUUCGAGAGGCUGGAGGCAGAUUCUCCAUAUCGUCAACUUCCCUGCGAGCACUGCUUCCAUCUGCCAUGCAUCGAUAACUGGAUAGGUCGACAUCAUGCGAAUUGUCCACUGUGCCGGGAAUCGUUCUACUACUUUAGACGACCACGAAUUGUCACCAUCACACGACCACAGCCGGCUCCUUCGCAGUCUACGGACUGGCCUGGUGAAAAGCAGAACAAGCUCACAGGAGGUCUUGAAGAUAGCCGACCCAUCCAGGCUGUUUUCAGUGGUCUCAAGACUUGGUGCAAAAAGAAGAUACAAGAUCGUGCGAGCGGUGGUAUACUCAGCCCUGCGCGUAGAACGCCACAAAAGUUGUUGAUGAGGGUGAAUCCGACAGAGGGUAUUCCGGAAAUAACGCACUAA